CAGUGGAUUAACUCUUUAUUGAUUACAUACAACAGCAAUAGUUAUGGCGACUUUCCAGUCUUUCAGAAACAGUCACAUGAAGACUAGAGCAUCUGUCAGAAAAAGCUUCAGUGAAGAUGUUUUCCAGUCUGUAAAGUCUUUAUUGCAGAGUGAGAAGGAACUAUGUAGUAUAUCAGCAGAGGACUAUUUAAAGCAGGAUGAACAUACCAAUUUAACUGAGGUCACAUUUCUGGGUUUUAAUGAAGAAACAGAUGCUGCUCAUACACAGGAUUUGGCUGCAGUUUCUUUGGAGCUUCCAGAUCUUCUGAAUUCACUUCACUUCUGCAGUUUAAAUGAAAAUGAAAUUAUUUGUAUGAAGGAUAUAAAUAAAUCAUCAGAUAGAAGCAAUGUUCCUCUAAAUCAGCGUCGUCAUUCUGGAAUGCUCUGUGUCAUGAGAGUGUCACCUACAUUACCAAGACUCAGAAUUGAUUUUAUCUUUAGUCUUCUGAGUAAAUAUGCCACUGGUAUAAGAUACACCCUGGACACGUACUUCCAUCAGAAGGGCCAACUUGAGACCACUAAUGAAGAUGAUGAUGAUACUAACCAGUCUGUGUCUUCCAUAGAGGAUGACUUUGUCACUGCUUUUGAGCACUUAGAGGAAGAAGAGACUUCAAAGCCAUAUAAUGAUGGAAUAAACAUUACUGCACUAAAGAGCCAGUGUGAUGCUGCUUCUCAGACUAUUUCUGGUCACCAGUUAGAAACCCAUGAUUUAAGGAUUCUGGUUAGCUCUGGACAGCAAAAGUCAUUGGCUAAACCCUCAACUUCCUUAAUAAAUGUUCCGGGACAUAAAGAACUGCCUUCUGUGAAAACUUCGGUCACAACAUCAACUUCAGAGCCUUGGAUCCAAAGGAGUUUCUAUAGGUCAUCUAAUACUUCAGAUAAGGGUAGUGAAAUACAGAAAACCGUUUUUUCUUCUUCUCCAGCCUACUCAUCUGAAUCAGAAUGCUCAAGUCCAAGUCCUGUUAUUUUUUUGGAUGAAGAGGGAUAUCAAAAAAGUUUGAAAGCAAAACUUGAGCUGCCUAAAAUUCCUGUGAUGAAAGAUGAUAUAGAGGAUUCAGAUUCAGAAGUAAGUGAAUUUUUUGAUAGUUUUGAUCAGUUUGAUGAACUAGAGCAAACUUUAGAGACUUCUUGUCUCUUUAUGAAGGAUCCUGUCGUAGGGAAGUCAUUGCAAAAGAAAGGGCACAAACAUGGAAAAGCUUGUAUGAAUCCUCAAAAAUUCAAGUUCAGUCGUCCAGCUCUCCCAGCUAAUGUUAGAAAGCCAACUCCUCGUAAACCAGAAUCUCCUUAUGGUAACCUGCGUGAUGCUCCAGAUUCUCCUCGCCCAGUCAAGGCCUCAGGGGAAGACAGUGGUUUGUUUAGCCCUAUUCGAUCUUCUGCUUUUAGUCCUCUUGGAGUCUGUACUCCUGCUGAAUGUUUUUGCCAAACAGAUAAUAAUGGAAAUAGGAUUCAUAAAAAUCAUGAUUCUAUUUAUUACACCUAUGAAGAUUAUGCAAAUAGCAUUUCAUAUGAAGUACUAGGUUCAGUUCUUCAUACCCAGCAUAUUAAUGCCACAUCAAACAUUAAUAGUAUUAAGACUGGAGAAAAUAAAACUGUAGGUCUUAAGCACGGGGACCUUGAUCAAAAAAGUAAAUCUAAAAAUAAAUCCUUAAUGAUUAAAGAUAGCAUUCAGAAAUUUGCAGCAGAUCUUGUGGAAAAAAGUUUUGGCAGUGCAUUUAAAGACUUACAGAAAGGAGUCUCUUCAUGCACAAAUGCACUGUGCCACUUAGCUGUCAAAUUGACAUCAUCUGUUUUUCAGAUGGCAUUUAAUGAACUGAAAAGGCAGCGUGCAUUUUCACUGAAAGAACGUGCCAUUGGUGGCCUGGCUAAUUUUUUGGUGAGUGAAGCUUUAUCAAAUGCCUUAAAAGAUUUACAGUAUGUAAAGAAGCAGAUAUUUAAAAACACAGUUGCUACAUUUGCUGCAGAUCUUGCUGAAGAACUUGUUUUUGAAGGCAUCAUGGAAGUGUGUCAGUUUUCAUAUCCUCCAACACCUGCAUCUCCACGGGGUUGGUCAUUUGACUUCGAAGACAAAGUAGUGACGUCAUAUGCAAAAGAUUUGUCUGAAUCUGUAAUACAGGAAGCAUUCAUUGAGCUAUCGCAAGUUGAUGUGACCUUCACAACAAAGGCAGCAGUUAGUGUCUCCACUGAUAAUGUCAAAUAUGUAAAUGCAGAAAGUGUAGUGCCAUGGACACAGACAUUUACAUUUUCCCCUUCUUUUCACAAUCAAGCAAUUAUGGUGACAAAACCAAUGCAGGAAUAUAGAAAGGAAUACACAGUACAGCAGGCCUUGUUUUGUACUUCUGGAAUUGUAACUUCUAUACCAGUGCCCUUGGCCGGAAGUGCCCUUCUCCCAUAUCAUAUUUCAUCUGUACAUCAGGCAAAAUCUCAUCUAUCAUCCGUUGAUAGUAAUUCAAAUGGCGAUUCUGCCCAAGCACAUGUUACCACAAAAAUCAAAGAAGAGGAAAUAGCUUGUCUCACAAAUAUUUGUUUACCUUCAGAACACAAUCCAGGUAACCAGAGUGAUUUUAAACCAACUAAAGAUGUUAUUGAAAUGAAAAGUUCUUCAAAAUUAACAAAUGAUCCUGUGAUUAUUAACAACUUUUCUGCAGCAAUGGUGCAUACAAUUGUGAACGAAACUUUGGAAUCAGUGACAUCAUUUGAAGUUACAAAAACAGUUGGUGAACACAGAGAUUGUUUAACUAAAACUGUAAGUGGAAAAAACCCUCCUUUUUCCCACCGUGAUCAAAUAACACUGCAACAGAGUGAAGCUAGUAAUAAGGACAUGUUUGCUGACCGAUUAUCGAAAUCUAUUAUUAAACAUUCCAUAGAUAAAAGCAAAUCAGUGUUCGUAAAUACAGAUAAAAAUGCCGCAUAUAAGGAAGUCUUGCCUGUUCCUGGAGAAGAAUCACAGAUCACCUUGGAAAAGUUCCCCAAAUUUCUCAGUGCUCAAGAUCACUUAACUCACUGUUCACCUUCAGUUGGAAAGGAUUGUGUUCUUCCAGAAUGUAAAGGUUUUAUGGCUCAUGGAUUUUCUUUAGAGACACUACCACCUUGUCCAGCUGUGGCAGACCAGAAACCUGAUUUGAAGGAACUUGCUAAGGAUAAACCAGUGAAAAAGCAUAAUUUGAAUAAUACAGCACUUGAGCCCUUGUCUUUUGGACAGGAAAGCCCCUUUCCUCAUUCACAUACUUUCUCAUCUGCAGUGCUUACCUGUGUAGACGGUUUGCAUGUGGAAGAUAAACAGAAAAUCAGAGACAGAAAUGUAAUACCUGAUACUCCUCCGUCAACUCCUCUAGUACCAUCCCAGGCUAGUUCUGAAUGGGAUAUCAAGAAGUUAUCCAAAAAGCUCAAAGGGGAAUUAGCCAAAGAAUUUGCUCCUGCUACACCACCUUCUACACCUCACAACUCAUCUGUUGGUAGUUUGUCUGAAAAUGAUCAAAGUACUAUAGAAAAAGAAGAGUUCAUGCUGAAACUCAUGCGAUCUCUUUCAGAAGAAGUUGAAAGUAGCGAAGGUGAAGAGCAUCCAGAAGUGGAUGUGAAGUCAGAUUACUCAGGGAAGAAAGUUCAGUUUGCGGAAGCGUUAGCUACACAUGUCAUUUCUCUUGCAACCGAAAUGGCAGCUUCCCAUUUAGAUAAUAAAACAGUUCAAGAACCCAAGGUUAAAGGCCCUUGCUUAAAUGUGCAAAGUCAAAGAAGUGUAUCACCUACUUUUUUAAAUUGCUCAGAUAAAAGUUUACAGACAUUAUGCAAUUUUGCAGGUGAGAUGGCAGCAGAAGUUGUUACAGAAGCUGAGAAAAUAGCAGAAGUUAAAAGUUGUGUGCUUUUCAGGCAAAAGAACAGUUAUGUUGAUGUUGACCGAGAUUAUAGAUCAAAAGAGAAGCUGGAUAUAGAGGUUGUAGCCCACCCAAGGGAAGUGGAUCCAUUUAGUCUUUCAUUACCACCAAGUUCUUAUAUUUCAGGUCUGACAUAUAAGUAUCCCAGCUGUGAAAGUGUGACAGACGAAUAUGCAGGUCACAUUAUCCAAAUACUAAAACAGGAAAGUGGUAAUAGCGAGUUAAUAAUGGAUCAGUAUGCCAAUAGGCUUGCUUAUCGAUCUGUUAAGUCAGGAUUACAAGAAGUAGCUAAGACAGCUGAAAUGAAGUGUAACUCAGGAAUGUUCCCUGUGCAGAGUUCACAGGAGAAAACAAGCAAUGAACUGUUAAUGUUCUCAAAUAAAGAGCACCACCAAGAAGUAGAUAAAAGAAGACAAAGAAAUGGAGGUUACCCUUGUAAAAAUCAAAUUUGUGAAAGGACACAGGAUAUAUUUAGAAAUGAGUGCUCUGAACUAUAUAGUUUUUCAACCUCUCUUGCUCACAGCAUAGCAAGAGAUGCAAAAAAAGAGCUGACAGCAUCUACAUUUGUCUUGCCAAAAUCCUUAACAGAUUCUUGCCUUUAUGAAAAGUCUGGAUGUGAUGACGAUACUGAGUGUCACACUGAACCAGAAUUUUCUAAGUCUUUUCAGCCUUCCUCGCAAAAUCACAGGUUUUACCACAGUAUAGGCAGCUUAAGUGGACAUGUGUAUGGAGAGAAUGUUGUUCAAGCUAUAGAAGAAUAUGCAAAAAAAGUAGUGGAUGACACCUUAGAGCUAACUUUAGGAUCCACAGUUUUGCAAUUGUCUGAGACCACAAAAUCAGCGGAUAAGAUCACUUAUGCAGAAAAAUUGUCACCUCUUAUAAGUCAAGCUUGCAGAUAUUGUGACCUUAAAGAACUCAAUGAUUGUGGUGGAAACUCAUCGCAGCACUUUUUCAGACAGGAUUCACUUGUUAGUAGUAAGCCAGAUUCUAAUUCAAAAUUUAGAAAUAUCUAUCAGAAGUCUAGAAUUUUUCAUCUUGAUGUUCCACAAAUUCAUAUUAACCUUGAUAAGAAGUCGGUGCUUGCUGAAAAGAUAGUUGCUGAAGCUAUUGAAAAAGCAGAGAGAGAGCUGAGCAAUACCAGUUUGGCUGCCGAUAGUGGAAUUGGACAAGAUGGCAUUAGCUUUGCUGAAAGCCUUACGACAGAAAUAAUGACAUCAGCCAUAACAAAUGUUGGACAUGCUGUUAGCAGCUCAAAAGAAAUAGAAGACUUUCAGUCAACUGAGUCUUUUGGUAGCCAGCAGAUGAAUCUCAGUAUUGGUGAAGACAGCACUGGGAGCUGGUCCAACUUAAGUUUUGAGGAUGAACACCAAGAUGAAAGCAGCAGUUUUCAUCAUCUAAGUGAAAGUAAUGGUAACAGCAGUAGCUGGAGCAGUCUUGGUUUAGAAGGGGAUUUGUAUGAGGACAAUUUAUCCUUUCCAACAUCAGACAGUGAUGAACCAGAUGAUGAAGGUGAAGAGCUUGAGGAUGAUGUGGAAGGUUUGCGGCAAGAUGAAAAGACUCUGCAAAUUACAAAUAUUGACAUGGAGCCAUGCGCUGUAGAUCCCCAGCUGAGAAUUAUUCUUCAGUGGCUUGUUGCCUCUGAGGCUGAAGUUGCAGAACUUUAUUUUCAUGACUGUGCAAAGAAGGAGUUUAUACUACUUUCAAAACGAUUACAAGAAAAAGGAUGGAAAGUGGGAGAACUCCUGCAGGCUGUGCUUAAAUACUAUGAAGUGAUGGAAAAAACUUCCAGUGAGGAGAGAUGCAAGACACUGUUUGAUUGGCUCUUGGAAAAUGCAUAGAAUAACCCCCAAACCAGUAUAUUUUAUUAUUUGUUUUGGGAGGGGAAGAAACAGAUAAUGAUACUUAAGAUAAAAUUUGAAUAGUGAAUAUUAACAUUUUAAGUGAUUGGGAGGAAAGUAAAUAUAGCUUUUUAAGCUCUUUGUGUUAUCACCCGGUGUAUAUAGUUCAUACUUUUUGUACUCUCUGUUAAAAUAUUAUCUUCAUUUAUUCUUCUAUACACGUGUGCAGUGUGUUCAGACCCUGAGUACAUGUAGGUGAAUGAAGGUCUAACUAUGAGGUUUUCAGGGGCAUUGUCUGACAGCAUUCUUUCUGCAUCCAAAUGGUGCUGCUAAAAACUGCAGUGAGGUGGCUGAGGAUAGGGUCCAGUGAUGAAAAGUUGUAAUUUUGCUCCUUUGCAAAGAAUGAUAUCCGAUUAAUAAAUAGUCUGACAUCAAAAAAUAAAACUGAGGCUAAUUUUUUUUGUUUCUGGUAGAUUUUUUAGUAUUCUUGUCAUUUUUUUAAAAAUCAAUUUUUUUGGUAAUAGUUCAGCUAUUUUUGAUUCCCCCAAAUUAUUUAGUUUCUAAAUAAUUAAUAUUUUAGGUUUCUAUAAGCACCAUAAAUGGUAGUGGUAGUUUUCCCAGCCAUUCAUGAAAUGACAUUAUUUGCCAAUACUGCCAGUUGUUCUGGCAUGAUAGAGAGAGAGAGAGAGAGAGAGAGAGAGAGAGAGAGAGAGAGAGAGAGAGAAGUGUGUGUGUUUGUGUGUGUGUGUGUGCGCGCACGCGCGAGAAUGUGAGUAUUUUUACUUUGCUAGUGAUUUGUUCCCUCUUUUAUUUUACUGUUUUCUUAGAAACCAACUUUAAAAUAAAAUGUCUGUAAAGAUUGUGCAGUCAGAAUUGAGUCCCCAACUUAUCCUAUCAAGUUGCAAAACAUAUUGAAAUUUUAAAUUCAUGUUAAUAUGGAAAUGCAUUUAAAGAAGCCCAAUGGCUUUAAUUGUUAGAUUUUUGAAAAAAAAAAAAAAAAAAAAAAAA